AUGGGUAUAACACCGUCAAGAGAAGACUUCGUAGCCCUAGAAGGAUACGCAAAAAAAAGCGAAGAAGAGCGCAGAGCAAUAAUACAAAACGCGGGAAUGGAAAUAACCGAUAACGACAAAGAGAUAGCACAAUUUUUGGGUUCAGAAGACGAAAUACUAGGAGCGGUAGAUAACGAAGACAGGAUAAGGAUAGAAAAACAGGAAAAAGAGAAAAUUAUGAAUGAAUGUAGAAAGAUAACUAUGAACAACCUCGACGAGGACAGCGACAAAGACGAAGAGAUAAUUCAACAUACGUGGGAAAUAGAAAGCAACACACCCAGUGAAGAAUCAUGGGACGAAGGGAAAAUGAACCAAAAAUACCACGUUUACAACAAUGCAUCACACCAGACAAAUGAAAACACCAAUAAUACUUCGAGAAUGCAGGUCGAGAAUAAAAAUAGAAAUUUUACAAAAUCAAGAGACCAAUCAUUAACAAUGGCGAUCACUGCCGAUCACAACAUGGGAGAAAAAUCUAAUAAAAGUAAAGAGUCCGUGCAUCAACCAAAAUCGGAAAAAGAUCUGAAAUAUUUCGCAGGACUUUUUACAGUCCAAAUAAGGGAUGGAUAAACUGACCAAUCGAUAAUAGAUUAUCUCAACACCAAUAAAAUUUUAGAAUAUCACGUGAACACACUAGGUAGAACUACUCAUCACGGCAACGAAUACACGUACUUAGGCUUUUUCACAGAAGCAGCGAAAAACGAUUUUAUAAACGACGGAAGAAUAUUGGGAACGAUAGGA